AGGAGCGAGGCGGGGCGGCCCCCAGCCCCUCGCCUCUUUCUCCAGCGGCGGCUGCCGUGCGCACCGCCCUCGCCCGCUGAUGCAAUCGGAGCCCGCAAGCGGCAGCAGCAGCAGCGGCGGCGGCGGCAGCGGCAGCAGCCCCGGCAGAGCCCGCAGGAGGAUCGGCCAGCCCGGAGCCCGCGCAGCCGCACCCGGGGGUUCGGCCGCCCGCGGGGUUUCAGCAGCAGCAGCGCUGACCGAAAGGAGCGGCGGCCUCGACAGGGAGAUCCCCCCCGUUUGCCAGCAUGAUGAAGGGCUGCCAGAAUGAAUGCACAGCUGGAGGAUGUUCAGGAGACACAGCAAAGCAUGUGACAGAAUCUUUCAAGGCCUCAGACUUGAUUAUCACCCCAGCUACAACCUUCAAGGAAAAGCCAGACCCCAGUGGUUUGGUAUUUGGAGCUGUGUUCACUGAUAAUAUGCUGACAAUUGAAUGGUCCUUGGCUUCAGGAUGGGAGAAGCCUUAUAUUAAGCCACUUGAGAACCUAUCAUUGCAUCCAGCCUCCUCAUCUCUGCAUUAUGCUGUAGAAUUGUUUGAAGGAAUGAAGGCUUACCGAGGAGUGGAUGGUAAAAUCCGUCUGUUCCGUCCAACCCUCAACAUGGACAGGAUGGCACGAUCAGCAAGAAGAGCAACUCUGCCAUCUUUUGACCAGAAUGAGCUGCUAGAGUGCAUCCGGAAACUUGUGGAAGUGGAAAAGGAGUGGGUCCCAUACUCAACCACUGCCAGCCUGUAUAUCCGUCCUACCUUAAUUGGAACUGAGCCUUCCCUUGGAGUGAAGAAGCCAACUAGAGCCCUACUGUAUGUCAUACUGAGCCCUGUGGGCCCUUACUUUGCAAGUGGAAGCUUUAAUCCAAUAUCCUUAUGGGCAGAUCCAAAAUAUGUAAGAGCCUGGAAAGGAGGAACAGGGGACUGCAAACUGGGAGGGAAUUAUGGUUCUUCUAUUUAUGCCCAGCAAGAAGCCGUGGAGUUUGGCUGCCAGCAGGUUUUGUGGCUAUAUGGAGAGGAUCACCAAAUAACUGAAGUUGGAACAAUGAAUCUGUUUCUCUUCUGGAUAAAUGAAGAUGGAGAAAAUGAACUGGCAACCCCACCUUUAGAUGGCAUCAUCCUUCCAGGAGUGACAAGACAAAGCAUUUUGGAUCUGGCACGCAGCUGGGGGGAAUUUAAGGUGUCUGAGCGAUACAUCACCAUGAGUGACCUGACAGCUGCCUUGGAAGAGAACAGAGUAAAGGAGAUGUUUGGUGCUGGAACAGCUUGUAUUGUAUGUCCUAUCUCUAAAAUUUUGUAUAAGGGCGAGCAUUUGCACAUUCCAACCAUGGAGAAUGGACCUCAGUUAGCAACUCGUUUCCUGAAUAAACUGAGUGAUAUCCAGUAUGGAAGAGAAGACAGUGAUUGGGUGGUGCUGGUGUCCUGAAAGUGGAAGAGUUCAGUCAGAGCCUCCAGACCAAACAGACCUGAAUAAUGGCAACUUCUGUAGCUGCCUGUGUGUAGCAUAGUUUCUGUAUCAAUUUGCUCCCCAGGAUGAUUGUUUCCACAAUCUGGCAAAUGUGAACACAAUCAUUUUGAUUUCUACUGUAAUCCUUUUAGUAGAAGCCUGUUUUCUUGGUAGAGGUGCUAAAUGUAAGCAAUAGAACUUUCCUAAUGGUUUUAUUAGUGCCUCCUUUAUCUUAUGUACAGUCUGAAAACUUGUAAAAUGCUCUUCAACUGCUCUUCAGUUUGUUUGGUUUGUUUUCACUGCCAUCACCAGCAGAGCACGUCUGGUAUAACACAAAGACGUGUCCUGUUUGUUUGCCACAGGGUUCUGUUGACAUUAUUCUGCCUUUUGCUCUGUGUUUGGGAAACAAUUAAGUUUAGCCAUAGGUUCUUUCCUUUCACACUUUGCUUGGAUGGGAGAUUUCCUGAGUUUGCAGAGCCAGUUAGAUCCCCUCAUCCUUACUCUGCCAAAUAACAGCUCUGUCCUUUAGGCCAAAAUUCUCAAGUCGAUCUAGGCUGGAAUAUAUUCUCUGUUGGCCUGUUGCCAUUGCAUCCUUGGGGAUAUGCAGAGGCUGUUUAGGCAACACUACUGCUCUAAUAGUCAAAUUUACAGGGCUGGGCCAAGCCAGGCCCUGCUGAGACAAGCAUCACCUUCAGUCUGGCCCUAGCAUGGAGCUGGGCACUGCAGACUCAGUGUUGCCUUCAGAGUGACUCUCUAGAAAAUAAUAACUAGACAGCCACUGCUGUGAAAAUUGAACCACUCCAGAGCAACCACACCUUUGUUUUGAGGAGUUUCUUUCAACAUCCACUCACAGUAUUUAAAGUAGCAAAAUGUUUUGCUUGUCCCCUUGGCAUGUGCUGUGAAAUGUAUCCAGCCUCCGUUGACACGCGUGUACCUUAAUAGGGCCCUCCCAUUAAGGAACAAACUAUGUUGUCAACAGAAAAUACCUAGCACAGGAAGGAAAGGUGUUUCAUUCAAACUCUGGUUUUGUUCUAAUUAAGCAUUAAUAUACCCCUGCUCUCUCAGAUGCAGGCUUGGUACUAUCUGGAAGCAAUACAGAGCAUGUAGCCCAUAGUUAGGGAAGUAAAUUCUGCAUAUGUUCACUACCAAUUAUACUGUAAUAUUUAUUAGCUUUCUGUUUUUGCACACAGCUUUGUUGAGCAGCUUUAAGAUACCUCUUGCCAAAAAGGAUCAUCAUAUUUCUGUUUCAACAUUCCAAAGUGCUACUUCAGUGUAAAACUGGUGGAAUUUGACAGUGAUGGAGUCUGAUAAGAAGUAAAAGCAAAACAUUUAUUGCUGGAGAUGCACCAGUAUUAAGGGAAAUAUUUAGCACUUUAUUUUCUUUAAGACCCAAAACUCUCUCUCCCACGCUUAGUAAGUCCUUUGUAGUCACUGGCAUUUGUUCAUCCAGUUUAAAAAGACAAAGUGUAAGUUCUAUUAGACCAUCUAUGCCUUAUGUAACUGCUAAAAAGCAGCCUUAUGGCUUUCCUGAUCAUUUUUUAUCAGAUUUUAAUGACGACCUCUACUUAGCCAUUACUUUCUUUUGCUCCCUCAUAUCCUGAAUUUUCCUGUCUUUCACUGCAGUCCAGUCUGAUCUUUUAAUGAAGAACAGUUGAAGGUUCUCUCUAACAAUAUGACUAUUGUUAAUCUUCUUUUUGAUCGUUUUCUCUUUAGACUACAAAUGCAAGCACAAAAUGUUAUUUCACUUACCAUAGCAAUAGUUUGUGUAUCUAAUUUUCUGACUAUUGGAAUCUGUAUUAUGUGCUGGUCUUCAUUCAAUAUAUUACUAUGUGUUAUAAGCUGCUGGUAGUAAUUUUAUUUAAUUAGAUGGGUGGAAAAAUUAACAUGGGCGGUACGUCGGGGUGCAAUAUGGGGUAGAGUGUUUUAUCCAAUGAGAGAAGAAUCAUAACUAAAGAGUGCCUUCAACUAGAGUGUGGCAAGGAGCUCUCUAAAAAUUAUGUAAUGAACAGCCACAUGAGGUUUCCUGUUACUGAACUAUCUACCUUGUCCCCAUGUAUUCAUCUUAGAUUUAGCAGCAAAAGGAAAAGUGGAAAUAUCUAAUUUCAGAUGCAUGGCAAAGUGGUUGUAAAAUACCUUAUCAUCUCAGGAUGUUGACAGAGUUGGCAGGUCAUAAAUCAGGAAUCCCUGUGAAGACAUUGAUAUUCCAGUAGUAAUCUGUUCGCUAGUCAGAAUGAAUAAAGACUAACUAGAAAAAUUAUUUUACUGUGCUGUAAACAUAAAAGUUUUGUAAAACUGUUCUUAAGUUGGAUGCAAGUAAUUUAAUGAGAGGAAACCAGGUGUUAUCAUUUAUUGUGAUUUGCACCCUUCCCUGCACUGACCAGAGAGACACCUUUCCUAUUACUGCAUGUUUUGAAUGGAUGGAGAGUUCAAAAUUAUGAUAGUUGAAACUGGAAUCACUCACAGAAAUGCAUAGACUUUUCUACCAGAAAGAAUGAAAAUGUAAUGUGUGAAUGUUAACUGUUGUCUUUAACAUAUUGGUUCAUUGCUUUACUCUGGCUAUGUCAAUUCAAAGCUGUGCUUGUUUCAGAAUGAGAUCCAAGUGAAUAGGUUCUAGAUUUUAAACUUCAAAACCUAAAUAAGGGAGCUGAUGGGUUAGUGUAAUAUAGAAAAUUAUUCUGAUAUUUCAUGCUGUCUUACCCUGCGUUCUGCUACUGCUUUUUAUCCUGUUAACCAAAGGAAAGAAAUAAUAUGUGUAAAUAAUAGUAUUUGGUAUUACAUUCUCUGUUUUCGCCUGUAAAAUUUAGGAGGGAACUGUGGCAUUCCCUGAGCUAAUAAUGAGCUGUAAAAGAACAUCUGCACAUCUUUUCUCCAUUUGCCCUGUUUGUUUAAUUGCAACAGAUUUAUACAGAAAGAAUUUGGUACAUCAUAACUAAGCAAUUAUCCACUCUUCAUCACUUACUUAUGGUUCUGCUAAUUGAUCAUUUAAGACAAAAGAUAGUCUAACAUUAGGAGAAUUUGAGACUGUUCUAAAAAGAUCAACAAUUUAAUAUUGUUGUGUUAUACUUGCAUAAUUGGCUCGAGUUAUUUAAUGUUUAAUUCGGUUGAUCAAAUGAGAUUCAGCCUUUCACAUGCUUAUGUUUCACAAAUAAUGGUACUUCAAAAUUAUAAUAAUGAACUCUAAUUUUUGUAUGUUCUUUUUUCUCCCCUUCAUUCUUUUGAUUAUUAUUUUCAGUAGUAAGCAUGUCCUUGAUUUUCAGUUUGGUGAGCAUUAUUCAUGCAUAAGGAAAGAGGAAAAAACUCUUUCAAAAGAGAGAAUUUUCAUGGAUAUAAGCUGUUCAGAUGCCUGGAGUUAUGGCCUUACUUAACUAGAUAGAGCAAAUUGGCUGAAAUUUUACAGGGAGAGAUUUUGGUGAGAAUGCUAACAAAGGGUCCUGCUUAAGGUAGAUAAUCUGCUCAGUUUGUAGCAAUGCAAAGCAAGCAUGAUUUUUAUGGGAUAUAGAUUGGAAAUCUGAUGAGACAAAAGCCAGAUAAUGAGAUCUCUCUGCACAGCCAUUGCUGAAACAUUUUCAAAUAUCUCAAGCCAAAAAGUAGUUGUCCUCCACUCCUUUUUUUAGAUAAACUCUUGUUUAGGGUUUACCUAAUUCAACAGAGAGAUAUUGUUGAUCCUUUCCUGUGUACUUAUUUUACACUUAUUUUUCCUCAGGUGUGAAGCAUCGUAAUUUGGCCAAAUGUGGUAUUUGACAGAGUCAUUUGAUGUGCAAGUUAUUUGAAAUGUCUGUCAAAUACAUGGUAUUCCAAGGAGACAAACAGAAAAACAGCUGGGACUGAUCUCAUAGCCACCUAAUUAGAGGAGGAGCCCUCUUGAAUUCAAAAGCCUCUCCAAUAUAAUCUGCAUAUUCUCAACAAAUUUCUUAAUGUGAUCUCUCUGUUGAUAGUGCCUUGCUAUGAUAGAAUACAGAGAUGGUAGCACAGCCUUGCAGACUAUGGCCCAUUGGCUCUCUCUGCAUGAGAUUCUCCCUACUUAUGGUAAGUUUUUAAUAUUCUAGUGGCAGGCUUGGAUACUGAGAGGUGGCCAUGUGUAAACAAUGGCUGGGCAUGCCCUGGGGUGGUCUUUUCCUUGCUGUCCUUUCCUCUCUAAACAGACUUGUGACCCCUUUUCUUCAGCCUUCUCUAAUAUUGCCUCUUAGUCUUAUAUCUAAAAGUGACCAUUUAAUCAAAUUGUCAUUCUUUUUACUUUUAGUAGUAGUGACAGUUAAGAAAAAAAAACCAAAAAAAACCCCAGAAAACAGAAAACCAAAAAGUGUUUUGUUCAUCUUGCAGGGUUUUCAGACUCAGAAUUGUGCUUUACUAUCUGUAUAUGUAAUGCCUGAACAGACUGCCACGUUGUGAUCCUGGACAAGUUAUCUAACCUCCCUGUAAGUGCAGAGUAGUAUUACUAUCACUUAUUACACUUUGAACUCUAAGCCAAAGUUUUGCAUAAUAACUUAUUUUACUACAGAUCAAAAAAGCUUUCCAAAAAGCUUUUUAAGGGGCAGUGGAAGACAUAAGGUAAAAGCCAGUAUUCUAAGGAUUGCUUUAGAGUGGGAGUAUCUUGACUACUCAGGACAAAAAUGUUAUUUGGAUGAGAAAUAUGUUUAAGGUUUGCUCUAUGAAUCCACAGACGAAUAAAAUAUAUAUUUCAGAAUAUAAAGUAGCAUACUGAAAGAACUUGAAAAGACAAUUCACCUCUGCUUCCCAAACAGUGCUAUCUUAUUUAAAAGUGAUUUUUGAAGGAAGCAUUGUACUUCUCAGUAUAGAGCCAUUAGAUUAAGACUAUUCUAGAGGUACACUUUGACAUGUAGCACCAAGAGAGACCUCUUUAUCAAUCCUGACUACAAAUUUUCUGAACUGUAAUCUUUGCUGUGCUUUUACUGUAUUUUAUCACUAUCCUCAAUAUUUGGAAAAAUAAUUCAUAGGUCCUAAAUCAUUGAAGCUAAGAAACUCUUUAAUAAGUAUUUAUAUUUUUAGUCAUAGUAGCAAAAGGCAAUAUUGGUAUUGCCGUGGAGAAAAAUUGUAGUAAGUCCAUGCCUUGCUUUAAGCUUUAUGGUUAUUAGUGGGAAUUUCAGGAUAUUUUCCCUGACUGUACAAAAUCUGAGUGCCAUCUAUAGCACAGUUGUCAAAUAUAAAGCCAACUCCAUAAACAACAUUAACUUCUCCAUUACCUUGAACUGCAACAGUUAGGUACAUUAAGGCUAGCAGUUGUGGAACAGUACUGAGUUAGAAUAGUCAAGAGUCAUAUUUGGGACAAAACUUUGGAACUAGUAGCUCAGAUAGAAAGAAAUCUCAUAGACCACAAUAGAGAGUUUAACCAUUCCCAAUUUACUAAAAACAAUAGUGACUGUAUUCACCAGUAAUAGCAGCACUGCUAGAUCCUCAUCCCUCACCCUGAACAUGAAUUUAUACUGUUCACUUAUCUUAAAUUUUAAUUUAUUGUGUCUGAUUUUUACUACAAUCCUGAAUUAUUAUGCCAUGCUUUAAAAAAAAUUAAAUCUUAAAUUUCACUUUAGUUGGAAGAUAUUGAGGAGGAUUUAAGACCUUGAUAUAGAAUUUUACAGUCUUUAAAAUAUCUGCUGGAUGAAGUCAAGGUUGAAAAAGUAAAGAUACUGUACCCUACUAGCAUACUCUUGGAUUUUUAGUAAUUAGUCUGCAACGAAUGCCAGACCCAUAAGUAAAGUGAAAAGUCUUCUGACUCCAGAACAGGCAUGCUAAAGGAGUAAGGUUAAACUUUCUCCAUAAGUCAGUCAAGACAGGAGGUCAGAAAUAUACCAUUACCAUUCUUAUUCAGUCCCAAACGGACUAUCCAGGCAUAACAAAUAUUUAGCAGGAUGGUAGGUUUCUGUUUAAUAAUGCACUUAUUCAGUUGCUUAAAUACUUAUAUCUGUGCCUACGUUUUGAGAAAUUGAACCCUUUUAUUUUAAUUAAAAUUUGCAAUGCAAUUUUAUAUGUCACGAGGCAGUAAAAUGUUAGUUCCAUACAAACAGGUAAAACUCCAGAUCAUCUAACAGUGAGAAACAGGUCAGUGGCCUAUUCUGUUCCCAUAAUUUAAACUAAUUUUCUAAUGGCCUCAUAGCCGACUAGAACCACAAGUAGGACACAGAUAUAUCUCUGACUCUAUUCUAUAGUUUAGGAUGUUGACAAAGAGUGGACUCUAGCUUGGCCUCUAUAGUAGAGAAUGACAGAAUGUAGAAGAUUCUUUGCCAUGAUGGAUAAGGAUUUUAUCUGAACCUAUUUGCAAGUAAUUUCUGUCAAAGCAGUGAAUUUGGAAAAAGAUAACCCAAUCUACCUGACCUUUUAGGCUUUUAGAAGGGUGCUGUAGUAGUUGUAGCAUAUAAACAAUGGGAAAUUAACAACUUAAAGAGAGAGAAGUAAACACCUCUGAAGGGUCUCUGUUUUCUCAAAUGUUAAAGUUAACUGUGUAUUUUACAAGGAUCUGAGCAUAUAAAAGCACUUAAAGACAGAUGUGUGAAAAAGUACUGGAUAAACUAAAGGAAACUCUACCUCAGUCUUCUCUAAAGGUUUUGUAGAAGUACAAUUAAGCACUCCUAAUAGCAUUGUUAUGUGCAGACCAUCUGGCAUGAAAGAAACAAUUUAUAUUUGUAUGUCUAUAAAUCCUGUAAUAACUGUAUUUUGCUGGCAGUAGAAACAGUCUAUACUCUUUGCAGUUUUCCUCAUCAAAUCUAUAAUUAUGCAAUGUUUCUGUCUCGAAUAAAGGAAUUUAAUGGGCA